GGAUCGCUCUGAGGUGCGACUCACUUGGUCUCUCCUGUAAGGCUGUGGUAAUGACACCCAUGGUGCAUCUGUUGUUGCUUCCAUCGCUGCUCUGCAUUGCUGCAGGGAUGGACCUGGAGGAGAUGAAGGGCCCAUUUGAGGAUACUGCAUUAAAUGUGGAAGAGGCAACAAGAGUGCCCUAUCCAGUGCAUAAGUUUCAGGUACCUGCAGAUGUUAACGAUUUCAGGCUGAGAGGAGAAGGCUUGGACAACUUUAAAAUAUCAAAGGAUGGCUGGCUUUACCUGGAGAAACCUCUAGACUGGUCUCAGGAAACUCACUACGUAUUCAACGUGGAGGCAUUGGCAGAUGAGGAAGUAGUGGAGGGUUCAAUAACUGUGACCAUAAAUGUCUUGGACGUAAACAACAACGCUCCACGGUUCAACCAGACUAGCUACACCGCUACGAUUCGGGAAAGGAGAACACCAGGUCUCCCAUUCCUCCAAGUGUUUGCUACCGACCAGGAUGACCCAGAGACUGAGAACGCUCAUCUGCGCUACAGCCUGAUCAGCCAAAUCCCCAACAAUCGCAACAUCUUUAUGUUCCAGAUCGACCCAGAGACCGGAGAGAUCUCCACCACAGGAGAGGGACAAGAAAUGCUGAAGGCCAGAGCAGGAAUCCAGUAUGCCAAGGGAGAAGAUUGGAGCAGUGACUCACUUAAAGCAAAGUUUACACAGUACUGUUUGGCGCAGGACAUCCCGUAUGAAGAAAACCCUUUCUUCACCUGUGUGGAGAGACAAGAAAUGAGGAGCCGUAAUUUGGACCCCCUGGAGGACCCCGACUACACCCUAUUUAUCCGUGUGCAGGACACGAAUGGAGCCACAGAGACAGCACUGAGUGGAAAUGCCAGAGUUCAUAUUGUAGUGCAGCCCAACCUGUGGGCCAACCCUGGGACAAUAACUAUUAAGGAGAACUUAAAAGAAGAUUAUCCCCAUAUUAUUGCAAAGGUCCAGUCUAAUGAGCCCGAUGCCAUCUACAUGUUAGUGCAAAAAGAGCGAGAGCUCAUCUUCCCUUUCCAGAUUACAGAAGAUGGAGAAAUACUGUUGACAAAGGAGCUGGACAGAGAACAGAAAGAGAUGUACACUUUAGUUGUGUUUGCCAAAGACAACCAUGACAGAGAGGUGGAUCCACCCAUGGAGAUCCAUGUUGUGGUGGAGGAUGUGAAUGACAACGAGCCCGUGUGUGAACAUGAGGAGACUCUGCUGGAGGUCCAGGAAAAUGAGCCAAUAGGCAGCAUCGUGGGAGAGCUGAAGGUCUAUGAUGCCGAUAAAGAAGGAACUUUGAAUUCUCAGUUGACUUACACCAUCAUCUCACAAGAUCCAUCAAAUGUACAAGACAGCUUCUCUAUUGAUGAAACCUCUGGAAUAAUACAGAUGCUGCGCUUGCUUCAGCGAAGAGAGCAGAAGGUUUACAACCUGGGUGUCAGAGUCAGUGACUCAGAUUUCAGCACAAACUGCAAGGUGACCAUCAAGGUCAUUGACGUGAACAAUGAGCUGCCUCUGUUUGAGAAAAACCACUAUGAUACACACUCUCUGCCGGAGGACGCUGAGGUGGGUAAAACGGUGCUGACCAUCAAAGCGACAGACGCAGACGAGCCCAAAACUGGCAGCUCCAAAAUCAAAUUCAGCAUCUCUGAAGGAAACAAAGGAGAUGUCUUCACCGUGGAAACAGACGGCCAAGGAAUCGGUUAUGUGGUCAUUGCAAAGCCUCUGGACUUUGAAUCCCAUUCUACCUACAACCUCACGAUUGAUGCUCGCAACCCAGAGCCCCUGAUGAUGGGUCUGGAUUACGGCAGUGAGUCCACGGCGACCCUGUCCGUGUCCGUCACGGAUGUGGACGAGGCCCCAGAGUUCAGCCUGAACAUCCUGGAUGUGGUUGUCCCAGAAAACUUCACAAAGGGAUCAGUGCUGUUGGCAGUGGAGGCAAAGGACCCAGAAAAGAAGGAAAUCGGUUUUAAGCUGGACGGCGACACUCAGGGCUGGCUGGAGAUCGAUGCUGCCACUGGAGAGAUCAGGACCAAACAAAAAAUGGACAGAGAGAUACUGGAGACCUUUGAGGUCACUGUCACUGCCUUCGAGAAGCAGAACCCUGAGAAGUCCUCUGAACGUGUCGUCCACGUGCGGCUGCUGGAUGUCAACGACAACAUUCCCAAACUGAUUACGACCAGUGAGUUCCUCUGCAUGCAGAACCUCAAACCCAUCACCAUCAAGGCCGAAGACGGGGACAGCGACCCCUUUUCCCGUCCUUUCAACUUUUCCUUCUCAAAGAAAUUCGCCAACUGGAAGCUGACCCAAAAUGACGAUUCAUCAGCUGAACUGCAGUUGGUCAAAAAACCUGUCAAAGAAGGAACGAUCCCUCUUAAGAUCACUGUUAAAGACAAAGGAGGCAUGGGAGUUCCACAGCUGUUUGAGGUGAGAAUAUGCAACUGCACAGCCCUCGGCUACUGCUACAUCCCGCCACACGGAGAGAGCUUUAAACUUUCAGUUGGAGCCACCGUCGGGAUCUUGGCAGGCAUUCUGGGAUUCUGCGCUAUCCUCUUCAUCGUAGCGAUUAAGCGCUCAAAAAAAAAGGACAAGAAGAAACAGCAGCCUGAGGACGGGGAGCACAACCCAAUGAUGUAGAGACAACCACGCAAAGUUUUAUUUAUAUACGGAAAGAGUCACAAAUAACCUUAAAGGAGUUUUGCAAGUUUCACACCCUCACCAUGACCCCAAAUCAUAACUAUGCGUCUUUUUUUCUUUCUUGUGAGAAUGUCUAGUCUUUAUUGUUUGCAUGUUUUUCUGGAGCAUUAACACUGUGACCUGAGACUUUAUGGCCAGCUCAUGCAUUUAUUUACAGUGAGCAUACUCACUGCUAAAUAAACUAAGGAAAUUACAUAUACUGUUAAAGAAACUAAGAAAAUCCCAUUAUUCACCUUUAAAUCCUGAGACGCUGAUUUAUUUCAGCUUAUUUUAUUCAAACAUUUUAUGAAUUUGAUUAUUAGGUGCUGUGCAUACUAAAUUCACUCGACAGGCCAGCUGAGCUUUCUCACAGCUUGUUGACUUAAUGUAUUAAAAUGACUUUCUCAGACUGGCUGCUUCAUUGAUUCAAUGUUUUUUUUCCCCCAGCUCAGCAUCUGCUGAUGUUAAGUAACAUGCGAGUGAACAAUUAUUAGAUUGCUUUUGUAAAAUUGCAGUUACUGGUCUGUUUCCCAAUAAACAAAAAACUUGGAUUUAC